ACCGAUAAUAGUUGUAUAUCACAAACGGUUGUGUGUCACGCUGAGGUAGGAUUCAGUGUGAGUUCUAGUUUAGAUCACACACAUCGUAGCUCAUGAGUGAAGACAAUGGUGAGGAGGAGCAAAGGCUAGUGCAACCCAUUAGGAUCACACGGAGAACCGCUCUUAGUCAACCUUUGACUUUCUUGGAGUUAGGUCCAGGAGAGGAGAGGAGACUACGAAGGGAAGCUAGGGAGAGAGCAACGGCGAGGAGGAAUAGGGACGCAGCAGUCAGCUUAGCAGCUGCAAUGGCUACCGCCUCUUCGACAUCGCAAUCAACCUCCCAGUCUUGUUUGUCAGGGGCUGGACAAGGUGGAUCGGGUACAGUUAGUCAAUCUGUUGGCUUGCAAGUCAGCCAAACGGCUCUACUCACACCUGAGGACAUAGAAAUCCAAAAAGCGGAAGAACUUCAGAAUGAGUUACGKCGGCAGUUGGACGAAGCAUCAGAGAGGAGAAGAAAARCAAUCAUGAGGAAGGCCAGAUUAGAGAGUAGGAUGGAGGCACUAGGCAGACUAGAGGACCUAGAUGAGGCGACAUUAGAGCCUGCGGGACGCGUGCUGCGUAAUGUUGUCCUAUCUAUAGCAGAAGCGCAAACAGUUCAACAGGAACUGUUGACUAAUCUAGUGGCAGGCCAGAAACAAAUUUUGGAUGCACUCCAGGCUCCUCGUCCAGUGAUGAGGCAGCCGCAGUUUGCUGUAGUUCCCCCUGCAGGCGUGGGUCCUUCAACGAUGCCGCAACCCACGGGACAAACCUUUUCUCCAAUGUUUGGCAUGCCCCCUCCAGGUGGUUUAGCAGCAACUAGUGGUCCGGUUCAAAGAGUCUCAGCCGUACCAUCCACGACAGUGGUAACUAGAGUCCCACUGUCAAGCCAGGCCCAGGUUAGUGUGCAACAACCUGUUUCAGUGGCUAUGCAGUCGCUGCAGCAAGCCCCUGGGCCAAUGCAGCCUAUGCAGUGGAUGCCUAAAAUACCCCUAAUGAGUCCCAAACCCUUCUCUGGAGAUAGAAAGAAGGAGGAGGACUUGGACACCUGGGUGAGGACUGUGCCUACUUAUGUGAGGCACAAGCUCACAAGGCCAGAGCAAGAAGUUGUUGUGGCUGCCUCUUUUUUAGAAGGGUCAACAGCUCACUGGUUGAAUGGCCUAGUGCAGCAACAGGGCUACGGUCAGGAUUUCGAUGUCUGGGCUCAGGCUCAAACAUUGGAACAGUUCGUACGGUCCGUCUAUAACAGGUGGCAUGACCGGCAAGGGGCUCAAAAGGCCACCGAUGCUAUCAACAACCUUUGUUCCCGCAGGUUCAAGGAUGUUAGAGAGCUUACGGACACCGUAGAACGCCUUCUCGUGGUACCUGGUGUGCGUUUUGACCAGCAGGUUCUCCUGACGGAUUACCUAAGGUGCCUACUUGCACAGGUAAGGACCAAGCUGGUUGAUGAAGCCUAUGUCGAACAACACACCUUCGCUUCUUUUAGUAAGAAAGCUCUGGAUAUAGAGGCAAAGCUGGGAUCUGCUCAUAAGGCAUCUCAUGAUGGUAGGAAGAGACUACCCCAAGAUUGGAAGAAGAAGGGUCAGUUGAUGUUCGUUGACCACGAUGGUCAAACGACUGAGAUUGACGAUUUGACAGAGCAGGAUGGGGCUAGUGAGACUUCAGAUGGUGGAGUCAUGGCACCCAUCAAAGAAAAGGCUAGGGGGACCGGGAAGAAGAAGGUAGGACGGUCCACGAGUCAGGGAGACCAAGGGACACCCGCAUGGGUAAAGCUUGGUUUGGAUUACGAGGUGUGGAGGGACCGAGUUGCCAGGGGCACAUGCAUGAACUGUGGCAACUAUCGCCACACGUCCAGGACUUGCCGCGACAAGAAGGUCACCACGAAAGUAGCCUUACCAACGGUGGUGGGCUUAUCUUCAAAUCCUGGGAGUGCUUCUGCGAGCAGCUCACAGGGAAACACCUCGGGCCAGUAGGAGUGUUAGCCGCUCUUACUCGUGCUGAAGUGGUAACGUUACCUUCCCCACUUCAGGCAUUGGCCAAGGCU